AUGUCUUCCUCACAAAAUGUAAGAGUAACUUUUGAAUACAUGGCAAACACUCAGCCAGGCGAAGACAUAAUUGUAGUUGGAGAAGCCGAAGAGCUCGGUGCCUGAAACCCUCUCAAAGGCAUAGCAAUGAAAACAGACCCAGACCGCUACCCAGUUUGGUCCACUUCUGUCCCUAUCCUGCUGAAAUCUAAUACCACGACCUAUUACAAAUAUGUUUACCGCAAUCAGCUUAGCUGUAAAUGGGAAGAGCUCAAAGAAAAUCGUAUACUUGAAGUUGAAGAUUACAAUAUGAUUGUCAGAGAUGAGGCUGGCUCCCACAUUUCCCGACAAAUCCAGUGCCAAAUAGACCCAAGCAUAACCCUUGCAAGGACCCUUGAAAACCCAAUUAUCACCAUUGAUGAAGGACAAAGGUUCAGCCCUGAUUCUUCUUCUCUUAUUAUAGUGUCGAUGAAUUUGCCGAUAAUAGUAGAAAGAAACCCCAGCUAUGAGGCAGAAAAGCCUAAUUCAGAAAAAUGGAUCUUUACCAAGGCCAGAGGACUGUGGCUUCCUGUUUUAUAUGAAAUUGCGAUUAGGGAGAACAUUAAUUUUAUAUGGAUUGGCUGGCCUUAUAUAUAUGUAGAAGAUGAAGCAGAACAAGAAGAGCUAGCGAACGAGCUGAGAGCGAAAUAUAAAUGUGAGCCACUGUUUAUCCCAGAAGAUACAAUGGCAAUGCAUACACAAUUCUGCAAUGGAAUUCUUUAUCCACUUUUCAGCAAUAUUAUUGGGACGUCAAGAAAAAAUAAUCCUCAAUACUCAGAAGAGUCAUGGGAAGCUUAUAGAAAAGUGAACUCUUUAGCUGCUGACAAAAUAAUGAAGGUAUAUAAAGAUGAGCUUAUAUGGGUUCAUGACUACCAGCUCCUGUUGACCCCGAGCUUUGUAUCGAGAAGGACCAGAGAUAUCCUAAAUAUUGGCAUCUUUCUGCACAACCCUUUCCCAAGCUCAGAAAUUUUCAGAGUUUUGCCUCACAGAGAAGCGAUUUUGCAUGCGAUGCUUUGUUGUGAUUUGAUAGGGUUCCAUCUGUUUCAGUAUGCCCGACACUUUUUAGACUCCUGCAAGAGGCUGCUUGGAAUUGAUCACCAGUUUUCUCCAAAGGGUUAUUUAAUGCUAGACUACUAUGGAAGGCAUAUUAUGAUUAGAAUUGGACAUCUGGGGAUUGAGCCAAGAAUUAUUGAAAAUGUCGUUAACACUGAAGAAUAUGGCAACCUUGUAAAAGAACUUAAAGCUCAAUAUAGCGGCAAAAAAGUGCUGGUAGGGAUUGAUCCACUUCAUAGGCUUUCAGGGAUAGCGCUAAAACUCAAUGCUUUUAAGCUGUCAAUGCGAAAUUUACAACAUCAUAAGAAUAAAAUUGUUUUUGUUCAGUUGCUAAUAGAAGCUAAAAACAGCUCUGAUAAAGAAAGAGACGAAGUUUUAGCAGAAAUUGUAAGGCUAAAAGAUGAAAUUAAUAGUGAAAUCGGGCUAAACGUAGUUGAAUUUAUUGAUGGGUCAGUUAUUACUAGACCUAUGAGAUAUGCUUAUAUGUCAAUAGCAGCUGGCAUUGUGAACAGCUCCUACAGAGAAGGAUUAUUUUUGAUUCCUUUUGAAGUAAUCGCAAUUAACAAAGAGCGACCUGUCGAAAUUAUCAUUUCUGAGUUCACAGGAGUCAGCCGAGCAUUGAGCAGCUUAAAAAGAGUCAAUCCAUUUGACAUUGUCCAACUUGAAGGAGAAAUCCAUUACCUUAUAACCACCCCAACAAGCAGCCAAAACGUUCUAAAGCGCAAAAGAGACCUCGACUAUAUUAACAGUAAUACGACCUCAAAAUGGGCUGACAAUUUUUUAACUGACCUAAUCAGAGCCAGAAAGGACACAAAGCAUUUCCAAUAUGUCACACAUGGACUGGGCGAUAAAUUAAAAUUAAUUGCACUUAAAAAGAAAUUCAGCUUGCUUCGAGCUGAUUAUUUGCUUAAAGCUUAUAAGGAAACCAAAAACCGUGUGUUUUUCUUUGACAAUGAAGGAACCUUGUCAAAUCUUUUGAGGCAGGUGGAGAUUGAUAAAAGUGUGGGCCCUUCAGAAAAAAUUGUUAACUGUUUGAAUGAUUUGUGCAAAGAUGAGAGAAAUACUGUGUUUGUGGUAACUGGGAGAUCGAGAAAGGUGGUAGAAAAUUGGUUUGCGCCUGUGCAAGGUUUAGGGAUGGCUGCUGAGUAUGGAGCGGUGCUUAAAUGGAAUUAUGCAAAUACGUGGGAUAGUUCAUUUAAUGGCGAGCUACCUUGGAUAGAGACUGCUAAGCAAAUCAUUGGGGCUUACGUGACUAGAACUGAAGGAUCCACUAUGGAAAUCAAAGACUGCUCUGUAGUUUUUUCUUAUAGAGAUACGGAUCCUGACAUUGGCUCUUGGCAAGCAAAAGAGCUGAUUUCUCAUUUAGAAAUUCUGCUUAAGCCCUUCAUGAACGAAUGCGAAGUUUCAGCUGGCUUAGGCUACGUAGAAGUAAAGCUGCAAGGCACCACAAAAGGUACAGCCCUCUAUAAAAUCCUCCAAGACCUAAAAGAAAGAAGAGGGCCCCCUGAUUUUGUUUUAGCCAUGGGAGACGACAUCGCUGACGAAGAAAUGUUUAAAGUUGUCAAAAUUCUCAAAAAAGAAGGCAGCCACCUCCUAGCCAACAAGAGAGAAUUAAAAUCUUUCACAUGCACAGUUGGCAGAAAGCCAAGUACAGCUGACUUUUAUGUGAACGACGCAAGCGAAGUUGUACACAUUCUGGAACAGCUUAGAGGGUGGAGUAACGUAUGCAAGAAAAAUUACUCAUACGGUGACUUACGGACUCUUUCCAACAGACAAUCAUACAGACUAUCAGGGCAAUUUGACAACAGAUCACCUUUAUUAAAACCAAUGGAGGCAUAUGCAGAAGAAAGUGACGAAGAGGAGCCUUUAUCUCCUAUGAAAUGGAAAAGUUAA